CCGAUCCUCUUCCUCUAUAAAGCCCGGUCCGCAGCAUCGUCUCCGCGACACAGACGGUCGCCACUCGCCCACGCACCAGCCAUUAACGCGCAGCUCGCAUAACCUUCCUGUUUCUCUCCUCCUCUCCGUUGUCAUGGCGGACCAGCUCAGCGAGGAGCAGAUUGGCGAGUUCAAGGAGGCGUUCAGCCUCUUCGACAAGGACGGCGAUGGUAGCAUCACCACCAAGGAGCUUGGCACCGUGAUGCGUUCCCUUGGCCAGAACCCAACCGAGGCUGAGCUGCAGGACAUGAUCAACGAGGUGGAUGCCGAUGGCAACGGCACCAUCGACUUCCCAGAGUUCCUGAACCUCAUGGCCCGCAAGAUGAAGGACACCGACUCCGAGGAGGAGCUGAAGGAGGCCUUCCGUGUUUUUGACAAGGACCAGAACGGUUUCAUCUCUGCAGCUGAGCUUCGCCAGGUGAUGACCAACCUCGGGGAGAAGCUGUCCGAGGAGGAGGUCGAGGAGAUGGUGCGCGAGGCCGACGUGGAUGGCGACGGCCAGAUCAACUACGACGAGUUCGUCAAGGUCAUGAUGGCCAAGAGAAGGAAGCAGAGGAUAGAGGAGAGGAGAGCGCCGGCCAAGAAGAAGAACGUGGCGGCUGCAAAGAGUGGCCAGAAAUGUACUAUCCUGUAGUCGAAAUCAAUCGUUCACGCUCAUGGUGUGGUGGGCUCGGAAUGCUUGGUCCCGGUGGCCGGGGCAUCUGAGCUAUGUGUUGUAUCAGUCAGUGUACUAUGUAUCGGGAGCUAUAUACGCCCUAGAAAUGGAUUUAGCUGUAAAACAUCCAACAGUUCCAGGCUGAGAGAAAGAAAUAGCAAUGGACCGUUUUAGUCGA